CGCGUAGAGAGAGGUGUCUCUCUCUCUCUCUCUCUCUCUCUCUCUGACGCAAAGCCAUGACCGACGUCGAGAGCCAGAACCCUAAUUUGGACCGUCCGGCGAAGCGCCGAGGUGAAGAACUCGCUGAGGACGACGAGAGCAAAAUCCAUGAACAGGCGAAGCGCCGAAGGGAAGAAUUCGAUGAGCGCGCUGCUGGCACUGGGAACAGUACAUCGUCGGACAAGGAGCCUCCAAUCGUAGAUGAUGGCUCCCCGUUGGUGCUGCAGCAAAACGAAGAUAAGGAGGGUAGCGGUGCCAAAGAAGAUAGUGAUGUAGAAGAAGUUAGCGCUACAGAAGAAGAUUAUGAUUCACCAGACCCCUAUAUGUUUGAUAAUUAUGUUCAUGAAGAUGAUGGUAGAAUUUAUGGAUAUUGUGCAUCUUGUGUUGUCAAUGAAGUCUGCAAACGUUGUGGUAACAAGGAUGGCUACCCUGCUGGUGUGGAUCCAGUCAAAUGUCAUAUUUGUGGUACCAGUUGUGAGUUUACUGAACCCUGUCUAUCUUUGGUGCUCGGUGAGUGUUUCGAGAAGGGUUUUAUGCUUCCAAGGAGUAGGGAAGGAUCAGGUGACUCUGGAUAUGUUCCUCCAGCCUACUAAGAUGAGGUAUCAACAAACCGUAGGGAUGGUUUGAUUUUGUUGUUUUUAAAUGAAAAACAAUUUAUGUGCUGUGAAAUUAAUUAAAGCAGUUCUAGGUGUAUUGUUGUGCUGAAAUUUUUUCUUCUUCUUAUUUUUCUAUUUCUUUUGUAAUUUGACUAUAUUAUUCCUAUAAUUUGUUAUAUAUUUUAUG